AUGGCAACCAAUGAGCAAACAAUGCCAGACUCAAAUCCAGAAUCAGCUUAUGAUUAUUAUGUUAGAAAAAUCCCUACAUCUUUUCGUGAGCCCGGAACAGCACCGCUCAGAAAACUUAGUGUUGAUCUUAUCAAGACUUACAAGCAUAUCAAUGAGGUCUACUACUCACAAAAGAAACGAAGAGCAGAAAAGGAAAGAACAGAAGAGGGCCGGACUAAAAAGGAACGCAGACUGUAUAACGAUGGAUAUGAUGAUGAGAACUUUGAUUAUGUUAUACGACAUGGCGAAAAAUUUCUCGAUAGAUAUGAAAUUGAUACACUAAUAGGAAAAGGGUCGUUUGGACAGGUUGUCAAAGCGUAUGAUUAUCAAGAGAAAGAAGAUGUAGCAAUUAAAAUUAUAAAAAACAAGAAACCAUUUUUGAAUCAAGCUCAGAUAGAAGUACAACUAUUAGAACUUAUGAACAGCCAUGAUCCUGAUUCAAAAUUUUAUAUUGUGCGACUGAAGAACCAGUUUAUGUGGCGGAAUCAUCUAUGCUUAGUUUUUGAAUUACUCUCCUAUAACCUGUACGAUCUUUUGCGGAAUACGAACUUUCGUGGAGUAUCACUUAACCUUACUAGAAAAUUCGCUCAGCAGCUCUGCACGGCCCUCUGUUUCCUUUCGGCGCCAGAACUGCAAAUUAUCCACUGUGAUUUAAAACCGGAAAAUGUACUUUUAUGCAACCCAAAAAGAAGCGCUAUCAAGAUAGUAGAUUUUGGGAGUUCCUGUCAGCUUGGUCAUACGUUAUAUCAAUACAUACAGAGUCGAUUUUAUCGCUCCCCUGAAGUUCUCCUUGGUCUUCCCUACGACAUGGCAAUAGACAUGUGGUCUCUUGGCUGCAUCCUCGUUGAAAUGCAUACAGGCGAGGCUUUAUUCAAUGGCUCGAAUGAGGUAGAUCAAGUGAAUAAAAUAGUCGAAGUACUGGGCCUGCCACCGGCCUACCUUUUGGACAAGGCACCAAAAGCUCGGCGAUAUUUUGAAAAGAUAUCAGAUGGCUCUUAUAUCGUCCGCAAGUAUAAAGAUAAUCGAAAGCAAUAUGUCCCACCUGGUACCAGGCAGUUACACGAUAUACUGGGCUGUGAAAAAGGCGGACCACAGGGACGGAGGAAAAAUGAAAGUGGACAUACGUUGCAGGAUUACUUGAAAUUCAAAGACCUUGUCCUCAGAAUGUUAGACUAUGAUCCAAAAACUCGUAUUACGCCAUUCCAGGCUUUACAGCAUUCAUUUUUCAAAAGGACUACAGAUGAAAGUACCAAUACUACUUCAUCAACGUCGCCUGGGGUUACCCAGUUGGGGGGAUCCAGUCGUGUUCCUGCAACGUCAUCUGGGGCUCACAGUUCAACGACUGUUUCCCGCCCAUCAUCGGAUCCGACGACGGGUGCAGUUAGAAACAGUAUCAGUAUGGACUGCGAUAGCCCGCGGCAAAAAAAGACGACGGAUAAUCCGCGGCUUCUUAAGCAGGACAGUAAGUUAAAACAAGUUAAUGUUGCUAGUUCGAAUGAAUACUUGAGUAGGACUAAUAAGUCGCAGCAAGAUCUUGAAAGGACAUCAAAGAACUCAACGAGAAAAGAAUUCGGAUACCACUCGAGUACCAACACGUUUCCAGGCGUUGAAGGAGGCUACUCGACUUACAGUGGACUACAUAAUCCAAUAGGAUAUUCAAGUGAGCCCUACGGUAACUAUCCAAUGUCGUGCGGAAACGCGGUUAAUUCAUACAGCGGAUUUAUCGAUGGUCCUUCAAUUUCAUCGUACAUUGGCGCCCAGCAAAUAGACCCAAAUAUUGCUAAGCUCGCUAGUAUGACGCAGCACGGCAUGAUGAACGCCGAACGGACGGACGAAUCUAGGGUUAUAAGCGUAUGCGUUCCUGAUGAGCAACGUAUCGGCCACUAGGUAAACGUGUUCGCGUAAUUGAUUCGGUUCAAAGUUGAAGAAUUGGUUUGGAUGGAAAUGCGCUAAAACUGCGAUCCGCCAGGGCAAAUGAUUGUUGUUGUCUAUAGGUUGCUGCAGGAUCCUAUAAAUGGUGUGUCGAGGAAAAGUCAAGAAGACAUUAGCUUCAGGCGCUAUUUGAGAUCUUUGUAACGCUUCAAGUCGGAACCGUUGCUCGGAACAAGUGAGGGACACCCGCGUGUGGCCGAUUUGUGUACUCACGACCCGUCAUGUACACUGGCAAGUGCAAAAGGCCCGCAGAUCCCGCAGCGCCACGUAAAUUUUUUGGUAGUGAGACAAACUUUAAUUGGUCUAGGUGCUAAAGGCAAGGCCAAUUUCUUUGAUUUGAUGGCAGUUGGGAGAAUAUAAAGAUGAAAAAGAAUUAUUGUCGACUUAGUUUCGUACGUAACAACUACCUACUAAUGUCUUUCUUAGUUAAUCAUAACACCGGUGACACGAGUAAACAAAAUACUUUUGUUUAAGCCCUGAUUUCUCUCUUUUUCAAGCAUUUUGUUUGGGGUGUGUGUUCUUCUAACUUUCUAACGAUUUCCGAAGGGCAAUUUUGUUGUUUUUUUGCAAUACUGUUAAAAUGACAUCUUCGACGAUGUCUGGCCGGGGGCCUUAACGAAAGCUGAUUGCAAUCUUAAAAGUUGUCACAUCCCUUGCAUUCUGUUUGUCACUAAAAAAGAAGCUGCUGAACAACCCCCUCCCCCAUCUCCCCUCCCCCCUCCUCUGAUGUGAUUGCUUACUUUCCCAGGAAUAGAAUAUUGAUUUCCAUAAAGAACAUGUAUUCAUGAAGAUCCAUGAAGAACUUUUAAGCCGCGAAACUCUUUGCCACUCGAUAUUCUUUUGUUUUUAAUACGCAGCUUCUCUCAAAUUAAUAAUUAUCUGUGCUCUUAUUUUUACAAGUAUCUUUUUCUUGCAAGAUUCUUUUAAAGUAUGAUCAUCUUCCGUUUUCUUGUCUUGGUUAUUUAAUAGCAGUUAUCUCCGCGUUUUAGUAUGUUUUUAUACGGAGCCAAUAAUUCAGAAUAUUUGUUUCCAAACCCUCAGUGGCUAUCUUAGGAUUUAAAUUGUUGAAAAUAAGUUGUAAAUGAAAAACCUAGAUGCAUUGUUCGAGACUGCUAAGAAAAACUGAUAGUGAUUUUUCUUUCUACGCAACAAAUUAUGAGAAUUUUUCUUCGUCUACACAGUAGGAACCUUCACAUGCGAUGUGGCUUUUAUGAUAUUUCAAAUAUGCCUUGGUCUCAACGUCUUCCGCAAUGUUACCUCCAACCCCGACCUUCCUCACACCCCCCUCCCUCUCCGCGCCAAUGCCCAUCCUACCCAACAGGUUUAACCCUAGCUAACUCCCAUACUCUACCAUUCUUUUUUCUGUUUAUAUAUAUUUCCUUUCUCAAACUUACUCUCGCCUCUGCGUCUAUAUUUUACCAAGAUAGAAUAAGAGAACUUAUUUUAUCUUUAUUAUACUAAUACCCUCCCUACUGGAUUCCGACAUUUUUCGCUCCACUGAUUCGUAAGGCAAUACCAAUUCAACAUGAUUCGAUAGUUUUAAGUCUCUCCUUACCUUGUUAAAAGCACAAUUUUGUGGUCAAAAAUUGAGCUUAACCGUCAACUUUGUUGCCAAUCUGUGUAUUGACUUGAACUAAAAUGUUUCCUUAUUUUACCUUUACAACCCACCAUCUUGGCAAAAUUUAGGUUAACUUAACCAAACCAAACCUUAUAUGAAAUCAAAACCUUUUCCCUAGUUGCUAAAUUUAUCAGCUGUUUUGUUCCCGCGGAAGCUCAACUGACUCGCAAUGUUUUGUGGGAUACACUCAGAAUAAUGACGUCACCUCUAACAGGCUUAAGAAAUAGCCCCUGCUAAGAAUACAUCGUUUUUAUAGAUUUUCUGUAUGUAGAUCGUGCUUUUAAGGAUAUAAAUUUUAAUUGACUUUCUUUUAUAGGAAUGUUUGAUGUUGUUACAAAAAUUGAACUUAUUGGAACGA